AUGGCUCAUGCGCUGGUGGAUUGUGGUGCCACCAACAAUUUCAUGGACCAUCGCUUUGCCAAAUUUGUGGGAUUACAAAAGUGGGAUUUACAACCUCCUCGAGACAUUCAGAACUUUGAUGGCUGCCAGCUAAAAGCGGGACCAGUGGCUUGUUACACCGCGCCGAUCCUCAUGAGGGUGGGGAGUCAUGAAGAAGAUAUCUCGUUCUUGGUCACCGAAAUCCCUCACCUGGUGGUGCUAGGGUUGGCAAAACAUAACCCCACCAUCCUGUGGUCCCAGUUCGAGUUGCGUUUCACGUCCGCAUUUUGCCAAGAACAUUGUGCACCGAGACAGGGUGGCCUGGUGCACAAGACUUCAGAAAAGUUUUCCAACGUUGAAAUUUCGGGUCAACAUCUCUCGGUGCUACCGCAAAAAUAUCAAGACUAUUGGGAUGUGUUCAGCAAAAAAGAAGCAGAACGUCUGCCUCCCCACCGGCCCAACGACUGUGCCAUUGACUUGGAACCGGGUGCUCCGAUUCCCCGCGGACGGUUAUAUUCUCUCUCGGAGCCAGAGCUUGCGGCUCUCCGGGAGUUUUUUGAUACCAACCUACGCAAGGGGUUUAUCCGCCCCUCACAGUCUCUGGCUGGGGCUCCAGUGCUGUUUGUAAAAAAGAAGUCGGAGGAAUUGCGGUUGUGCAAUGACUACCGGGCCUUGAACAACAUCACCAUCAAGAACCGCUACCCUUUGCCUUUGAUUCCGGAACUUUUGGAUUGCCUACAGGGCGCACGGAUUUUUACCAAGCUGGACCUGCGGGGAGCGUAUAACUUGGUAUGCAUCCGGGCUGGGGACGAGUGGAAGACAGCGUUCCAGACCCGCAUCGGAAGUUUCGAAUACCGCAUCAUGCCUUUCGGGCUCUGCAACGCCCCCACAACAUUUCAACAUUUUGUGAAUGACAUUUUCCGUGACUUCUUGGACCGUUUUUUGGUUGUUUACCUUGACGAUUUUUUGAUUUUUUCUACAUCUCAGUGGGAGCACUACCAGCAGGUGCGUGCCGUGCUUCAGCGUUUACGGGACCAUGGCCUUUAUGCCAAACUUGAGAAAUGUGAGUUCGACCUGACAGAGGUGGACUUCCUGGGCUAUCGUAUCUCUGCUAAGGGAAUUUCUAUGGACCCUGCUAAAGUUGCUGCGGUGAGAGAUUGGAAGGCCCCCAUGAAUAAGAAGGACAUUCAACGUUUCAUGGGUUUUGCCAAUUAUUACCGCAAGUUCAUCCCGGACUUCGCACGAUGGGCUGAUCCCAUCACUCAGUGUCUGAGAGGGAAGAAACCCUUUUUAUGGACUAAGGAGGUGGAGGGUGGCUUCCAGAGACUCAAGAAACCUUUCACCACCCAGCCGAUUCUACAGCACCCAAACCCGGACACGCCUUUUGUGGUUCAGGCCGAUGCUUCUGAUGUGGCAGUUGGAGCCGUUUUGUUGCAGCCGGUGGGAGAACACCUCCACCCGUGUGCCUAUUUUUCCCAGCAGUUGACAGCGCCGGAACGGAACUAUACCAUCUGGGAGAAGGAGCUACUGGCCAUCAAGUCGGCCUUCGAGGCAUGGAGACAUUGGCUAGAGGGAGCUCGACAUCCGGUGGAGGUCCACACCGAUCACCGUAACCUGGAAUAUCUACGCACUUCCCGUAAGUUGAACCAGCAGCAACAGCGUUGGGCGCUGUUCUUUGAAUGUUUUCAUUUCAGAGUGUGUUACGUGCCGGCGGCUCGGAACAAACAAGCAGAUGCUUUGUCCCGAAAACCGGAAUAUGUGUGUGGGCGGGAGGAAUCCACCGAAGCGUACCUGUUGCGCCCAGAGAACUUUGCCGCCGCAGCCGCAGCGGAGGAUUCGCCUCCUCGUCCUGUUGUGCGAGGGUCUUUGACGGAAAGACUUCGGGCCCGUCAAGCGGACGACCCUUGGGUUCAGGAGCAGUUGGUGGCUGGACUUAAGUUUCCGUUCCAUGUGAAAGAUGGACUCCUUUGCCAUCGCUCCAGGGCAUAUGUUCCCGUUUUGCCGGAAAGGCUUGAAAUUUUGAAACUGUGCCAUGACUCUCAGCCGGCGGGCCAUUUUGGGAUCUUCAAGACCAUGCAGUUGGUUCUCCCGGGGUUGUUGCACCCGCUGCCCACUCCGGCCCAGCCAUGGGAGAUGGUAUCAGCAGAUUUCAUCAUGGACCUUCCUUUGUCCCAUGGUUGUACGACGAUUUUGGUGGUGGUGGAUUUGUUCACCAAAAUGAGUCACUUCAUCCCAUGUGCAGGACUGCCUACGGCCAAGGAGACGGCGGAUCUGUUCUUGCGCCAUGUUUUCUGGCUUCAUGGCAUACCCAAGAGUUUGGUCUCGGACCGGGGGGCCCAGUUCACAUCGCAUUUCUGGAAAGAAAUGCAGAGACAGCUGGGGAUCGAGGGACGGAUGUCCACUGCUCAUCAUCCUCAGAUGGAUGGGCAAACAGAAAAAACUAAUGCCACCCCGGAACAAUACCUGCGAUGUUAUGUCAAUUAUCAACAGGUUAAUUGGACCUCUUUGUUGGCCAUGGCUGAAUUUGCUUAUAAUAACAGUGUUCACGGUUCUACCAAGGAGGCCCCAUUUUUUGCAAACUAUGGGUUUCAUCCUCGUUUCUUCCUGGCGGUGAUCGACUCUGGGGAAGUUCCAGCAGCCACCUCCUGGUUGCAGGAGUUGUCUGCAGUUCACAACAUUUUAAAGGCUCAAUUAGAGCAGGCCAAGGCGGACUACAAAUGUAUGGCAGACACCCACCGGCAACAGGGCCCGGACAUACAGGUGGGGGACCGUGUUUGGUUGUCAACCAAACACCUGCCUCUCCAGCGGCCCUCCCGGAAAUUGGACGCUCGUUUUGUGGGACCCUAUGUUGUGUUGGCCCAAAUCAACCCUGUGACUUUCAAGCUUCGGCUUCCGCAGGGUAUGAAGAUUCAUCCCGUGUUUCAUUGCUCUUUGCUCCGUCCCGCCACUGGAGUUCGGCCGGACACUGGGCCGCCACCACCUCUGGUUCUGUGCGACAGGGAGGAGGAGUCUGAAGUGGUGGACAUCUUGGAUUCGCGCUGCCAUCAGCGCAAAUUGCAAUACCUAGUGGACUGGACGAGCUUGCCUAGAUAUGACGUGAUCCUGGGGAUGGAUUGGCUAGCUGUAGUAAAUCCACAAGUAGAUUGGGCGACACGUAAAGUAACCUUAAAGAGGCAGGACUGUUGCAUUCUGAAUGUUACUCAAUCUGAUAUGGAGGGAGUGCCUGCUGAGUAUGGGGAGUUCUCUGAUGUGUUUUGUAAAAGAGAAGCGGACAAAUUACCACCGCACAGGCCAUAUGAUUGCGCCAUCAAGUUAGCAGAAGGUGCGAAAUUGCCAGCAGGAAGGCUGUAUGCCUUGACUGUACCGGAAAGGCAAGCUUUGCGGGAGUUUCUAGAUGAAAAUUUAGCCAAGGGGUUUAUUCGCCCAUCUAGUUCACCAACUGCGGCACCAGUAUUUUUUGUAGCCAAAAAGACUGGGGAACUUAGGCUGGUCUGCGACUAUCGGAUCCUAAACAAAUACACCAUUCGGGAUAGGUACCCGCUACCUUUAAUCUCGGAACUAUUAUCAAGGGUGCAAGGGGCUAAGGUCUUUACCAAGCUUGACCUGCGGGGGGCAUAUAACUUAAUCCGUAUACGGGAAGGGGAUGAAUGGAAGACGGCAUUUAACACGUGUUUCGGAUGCCACGAGUUCCGAGUCAUGCCUUUCGGACUUUGCAAUGCUCCUGCGGUCUUCCAGAGGUUCAUGAACGAUGUGUUCAGGGACCUAAUUGACCAAUUUUUAGUGAUUUAUUUGGAUGAUAUCUUGAUUUUUUCUAAGGACGAGAAAGAACAUCGUCAACAUGUCAAGCAGGUUCUGCACCGUCUGCGGGCUAAUGGGCUUUUCGCCAAGGCUUCCAAGUGCGUCUUUCAUGUGCCUGAAGUGGAGUUCCUAGGUCAUGUAGUGUCAGGUAGGGAACUUAAAAUGGACCCACAUAAGGUUGACGCCGUCAACUCAUGGCAGGAGCUUAAGACUAAGAAGGAUGUACAAAGGUUCUUAGGUUUCGCUAACUACUACCGGGAGUUUAUUCCGAACUUUGCAAAGCUCACGGUACCUUUGACGCAGCUCCUGCGUAAGAAACAGCCAUUUGUGUGGGGGCGGGAAGCUCACGAUGCGUUUCUACAACUUAAGUCUAGUUUUCAAUCGGAUAACAUACUAACACAUCCUGAUGUUGACAAACCGUUCGUGGUAGAAGCGGACGCUUCUAGCUACGCGUUGGGGGCUGUAUUGUCUCAGAAGGAUUCCUCAGGGACCUUGCGUCCCUGUGGAUUUUACUCGCGGCAACUAACACCCUUCGAGCAGAACUAUACCAUAUGGGAGAAGGAGUUGUUGGCGAUUAAGGUGGCGUUUGAGGUGUGGCGGCACUGGCUUGAAGGGGCACGGCACCAGAUCGUGGUCAGAUCUGAUCACAAGAACUUAGAGCACUUGCAAACAGCAAAGAAGUUAAACCAGCGUCAAAUCCGAUGGGCUUUGUUUUUCUCCAGGUUUAACUUCAAGGUGCAGUUCGUGGAGGGGAAGGCAAACUUGCGGGCCGAUGCUUUAUCCCGCAAGCCGGAGUUUAAGACCAAUGAGCAGGUAGUAUGUCAGACCAUCUUGCCUACUGCCUCUCUAUGUGUUGUAGAUAAUGAGCUCGGGUUACAUGACCAGAUCCUUGAGGCUCAGAGGGAUGAUGUGUGGACUCAGGAACAACUGAUGUUGCUAUCAGCAGGUAACCGUACAAUACUGCCGCAUCUACAAGAUCAAGACGGAGUAUUGGUACGCAGGGGGCAGGUCUACGUACCAGUGGGGGCCCUCAGGUUGGAGGUGAUUAGAGCCCACCAUGACGAACCCAUGGCUGGGCACUUUGGCAGGUUCAAGACCGUACAGCUUAUCACCAGGAGCUACUGGUGGCCAAAGAUGCGGCAAGACAUUUUGCGCUUUUGUGACAGCUGCGCUGUUUGCCAGCAGAGUAAGACGCCUGUUGGGCGCCCUAGAGGGUUGUUGUCGUCUCUACCUGUUCCAGAGAGGCCAUGGCAAAUCAUUUCCAUGGAUUUUAUUUCGGAUUUACCUAAGUCUGGGGGUUAUACUUGUAUUUGGGUGGUGGUGGAUUUAUUUAGCAAACUGGCUCAUUUUAUUCCUUGUUCAACCAUUCCGGCGGCCCCUACGUUGGCCUUACUAUUUACUAAGCACAUCUAUCGUUUGCACGGAGCACCCGAGGUGAUUAUUUCAGAUAGGGCUCCGCAAUUUGUGUCACGCUUUUGGAAACACUUCCAUGAGUGCUUAGGGACUAAGUUAAACGUUUCUUCAGCUUUUCAUCCACAAACGGAUGGACAGUCGGAACGGGUUAAUGGGCUCUUAGAGCAGUACUUGCGUUGUUUUUGCUUGGAUCAACCCACGGCUUGGGUGAAGUGGUUACCGGUGGCGGAGUUCGCUUACAACAAUGCGGUGCACGCAUCUAGUCAGCAUACGCCAUUUGAGCUAACUUAUGGUUUUCACCCACGGGGAGGUGUGGCGCCGUCGACCAAUGUGGUCUCUUCGGAUCCUGUGUACCGCUCUUCGGAAAUGGCUGCAUUGCAUGAUGUUGCCCGUCGCUUACUGUUGGAAGCUAAGGCAACACAAAAGACUCAGGCUGACCGCCACAGGCAGGCAGGGGAGGAGUUGGAAGAAGGGGAUUUGGUGUGGUUAUCUUCCAAACAUAUUAAACAGGCUGGGGGAAAGUUUGCGCCUCGGUAUUUGGGUCCCUUUCCUAUCGUUAAAAAGAUUUCUUCCGUUGCGUUUCGUUUGCGUUUACCGUCUAGUUUAAAGGUCCAUCCAGUCUUCCAUCGUUCGCUGUUGAAACUAGAUACCUCUAGUCGUCGUGGUGCUAUAGCGGAGAGUAUUACUGCCACUUCUCCGCCAUCGGGGGAGGAGGCCUUUGUGAGAGGGGAUAGUGUUAUGAUUGAGCCUCAUGGCUCUGUUACUGACAGACGUGGGCGUAAGACUCCUCGAGAGUCAGAUACUCUCGAGGAGCGAGAAAGAAAAAGACUGCGAGACAUUUUUGCAGCACCGUCUGACGAAGAGUCUUUUGAGGGGUUUACGGAGAGAAUGGAAGAGGGGCUGGUUACCUCGGAGGAGGAUGAGAUGGAUUGGACUCGGGUAAGGGAGGAAUUGGGUGCCACUGGUCAUGAUGGGAUAGAAGAUGAAUGGGGACCUUCAGGAUUAGACCCAUGGCUUAGCUGGAGGGAUGGGACGGGAUCCACAGCUGGAGAUGCUGUGGGGCGUAGUCAGAGGUGUUCCAGCUCUGAUGAGGAAAGUGAUGAGGAAACGCCCGGGUUAAGGAGGACAGCUGACAGUGAUGAGGAUUUGUAACUGGCAUAAAAUGGGGCUUGGGAGCAAUUGCAAAUUGCGUUGGGCAAGGUAAUCUGGACAAACGCUUGGGAUCUGUGUGGGACGCUUUCCUGAAGACUGGUGUGUUUUCCUGUGCUGAGACGUAAGUGGUUUUGGAAUUCAGGGUCAGACGGCGGGAGGAAUUGUGUGGGCAUUUGUUUGUGCAAACCUGUGCUUACUCUUAUUAGCUUGACCUUCCGUCGUCUUCUUGACGGACACCAUCUCCUGCUUUGAAAACUCGGAUUGAACUGACCACGGCUUGUCUUCCCCCUUCUGGACUUGGAAACUACAAACGUCUGCUUCUGGCUUUGAACUACGGAAAGGAACUGGGUCUACUCUUCGGCUACAAUCCUUGGCGGAUCUGUUCGUGUUGGAAAUCCUGUCUGCUGUGUGUGUGGGAGCGACGCAAGUUCCUCUAAGCACAGUGUUGGCAGCAGAGAGGAAUCUGCUGCCAAUUAGUUGCAUUCUUUUGUAUCUUUUGUUCCUCGGCUUUUGUUUUGUUUACCCCCAGGCUGAAGCAAGCAGUUUGUUUUUACCCGGAUUAAACUUCGGUUUAAUCCGGUUUAUCUUUUGUACGUUUUUUCCUUGUCCCUUUUUUGCUCCUAAAGGCUAAAAUUGCCUGGCCCUUGUGUUUUACGGGCAUUUUUGAGUUCUGUAAUUAAAUAAACUCUGUUAUCUUGAACCUUGUGGCGUUCUGUCCU